AAGCUGGCCUCCUCCCUGGGCUGGACAGUCAAACUGACCAAUGGACAUGGACUGCUGCCAGAUGCUUCUGUUUCCAUGGCCCUUUAUAAAGGGGUUCCACAGACAGGUUAACAUGGACAUUCUUUGACUUCAUCUGUGAAGACAAAAGAUCCAGAAACAUGGCUCUGACAGCAGCUGAAAAGUCAUGCCUUGCUUCUACCUUUGAAAAGAUUGCUCCUAAGGCGGAGCAAUAUGGUUCUGAACUAUUCCAGAGAAUGUUUUCAGGUUUUCCACAGACCCGGACCUACUUUGCCCAUGUAGACACCAGUGCCGACUCUCCCCAGCUCCGUGCCCAUGGUGCUAAAAUCAUUGCUUCUCUUGGCAAAGCUAUCAAGAAUGUCGAUAACAUGUCAGCUGCUCUGUCUGACCUCAGCGACCUGCAUGCCCAGAGCAUCAGGGUUGAUCCUAGCAACUUUAAGUACAUCUCCCAUUGUCUCUUGGUUCUCCUGGCUGCUCACCUCAAAGCUGACUUCACCCCUCAAGUACAGAUCGCAUGGGACAAAUUUUUGGCAGCUGUUUCUGCUGUGUUGACCGAGAAGUACAGAUAAGUCGAGCUCUGAGGUUACAAAUGAAGAGGAAA